UUUAGCAUUAAGAUAAAGUUUUAGGACUAAAUCGAGGAAUGGCUGAAAGGAUAAGAUGCCCUUUCUUCCUCCUGUGUGGCCAUCCCGUAACUGUCGCCUCAGCGGCCACGGCCUCGAGCGGGCCGGGAGCCGGGAGCGGGCAGCCACGGCACAGGCGGCUGCGGCCACGACCUUGAGAGGGUCGGGCGCGGCCAUGGCCUCGCACGGGCGGCGGACGGGCAGUGCAGCGCUGGCGGCUGCAACCACAACCUCGAGCGAGCCGGGCGCGGCCAUUGCCUCGCGCAGGCACGGGCACGGCGGCCAGUCGAGGCGACGGCCGGCGACAGGGACAAAGCCGCUGGAGCCGGCGAAAUGGUCCAGCAGGGACUGAAGCCACACGAUUCCACUUGCCAUGGAUUCCUUCGUCCGUCGUCCAACGUCAAGGCAAGAUUAUGUUCCUGGUAAAACAAUUUUCUGUAGCCAUGAUGAAAAUUGGAAAAGUAGCACCUUGUUUCUUUGUAGCGAUUAGAUGAAAUUGGUACGCUAGUUUGCAUGGUGCUUUACUCGAGUCUCUGGUUCUCUUCUUCGUACUCUGUCUUGCCAUGAACAGGUCGUCCGAUACGGAGCAGCGCGCUGUGCCGUGAACGGCUGGACAGGGGCAUGGCCUCGAGUGCCGCCGAUCUGCACGUAUGCAAAAGGAGGGCCGCAUCGACCACCACAGAGCAACUCUGAGGGUGGCUGUAGUCAUCAGCCUUUUGUCGUUCCUGCUCAUUCCGUGUAACGCCCUCAGGCUGACAGGAUCGCUCUGCCAAGAGCGUGCUGAUAAUGUGUUAGAGUAAAACGAGAUUGAAUGAAAGUGAAUGGACGAUCAGUCCUGUUUCUAUUGA